AUUGCUUGCUUUGGAGCUUUUAUUCUCAGCUCCAAAUGGCUAUUAUUAUCUGGGUACAUGAACAUUUUGUGCUGGAAAUUUUGCUUCCUGAGCUUAUUCAAUGUGAAUUGUCCUUUUAUUUAUUUAUUUAUUGUUCUUUAUUUUUUCACUUGUACAGGCACUGUUGUGGACAAAGCAAUUUGCCAUCUGCGAAACCACGACCACGACUUCUACAUGUGUUCACACACAAGAAUGAUUGGAACAACGCACCCUACUCACUACCAUGUUUUGCUGGAUGAGAUUGGCUUCUCCCCUGAUGAUUUUCAGGAGCUUGUGCAUUCAUUGUCCUAUGUAUAUCAGAGGAGCACAACUGCAAUAUCAAUUGGUGAGUACCGUGUUUCUGUUAUGUGGUAAUUGCCUAUUUUAUGUUAUGAGGGGUUUUGACUACUAUCUCCCUGUCAAAGGACUCUUUUGAGUUUUA